GACAGCACGAAGCGUUUUGUGAGCAGUCGCGAACAGCGCCUACAACGGGUCGCGAUGGUUCCAGCCGAAUUGGUUUCUAUCUCCACGCCGCUGCCGAACGCAAGACGGCGACAUCACUCAAACUGUGAUCUGUGCGAGGCAGAAAGCCCCGGGGAGGUGCAAAUGGACGUCGUUCCUGAAAAGAAGCGCCAGCUGUUUUGGCGCAAUGUGGUAAAGCAGUUCAACUUCACGGACCAAUCGGAGCGGGAGCUUUUGCUCUCACUCACGGGUGGCAUCUCCUGGACACAUAUGCGCAUGCUGCCUAAAGACUUUAUGCGUCGCCAUCGAGAGAUCUAUUACCUUAUCUCCACACCUGAGUACGAGCGCUCGGGCGCUAUCGGACGCGAUGUCACUCGCACCUUCAGCAUUUUCGAGCGCAGCCACCAACACCAACUUGCUGCUCAGCAGAGCGCAUUAUUCCGAGUGCUGAACGCCAUCGCAGAAGCGGAGGACGGCUACUGUCAGGGCAUGAACUUUAUCGCGGCUUUAUUCCUCGUUGAAGGUUUGUCGGAAGCAGACGCCUACGCACUCUUCCUCUAUAUGCUGAAAAAGCGCCAUCUUGCGGGGAUCUACCAUCGCAGCUCUACUUUCCUGGACGAGUAUCUCCAACACUUUGAGCUAAUGUUCAUUCGCGAUUUGCCCAAGCUGCAUGCUCACAUGCUGGCACAAGGCUUCGCUAUUCCCAUCAGUGACGCUGGCGCUUCUAGCAGUGAUAGUAGCUCAGCGGAUGGCGAAGAAGAGUCAGCAUCAACACUUAGUGGCUUCGGACUACAUCGAACACUAUCACCGGAUCUGGCAGACGCUAUCCGAUCAGGUAACGGUACCCUGGUGCGCCAGUUAUUUGAAGACCAUGUGGUUCGCCGUCACCAUAGCAGUACCGCAAGUGUCGUGCUGGCGAACGAGAUUCUUCACUUCGCGAUCUGGUACGGACGUGUGUCUGUGGCGUGUCUGGCGAUCGAACGGUGCAAUGCCGACGUUGACAACCGGGACGAUAGCGGCCUUACUCCUCUACAUUUUAGUGUAAUCCGGAACCAGCCUGACAUGGAGACCAGUAUGCGGAAGCUUUCGCCGCUGGAGCUAGCACAUCGCUGGAAGCGACGUGAUACGACGGCGGCACGGCUUGUACUAGAGAAAGAAGAGCUCGCCAGCGUUCCUAGCCUCACCAGCAAUGUCGUGGCUGGGAUCACCUCGCUUCGAGAUAAAGUUUGA